AUGGCCCUUGUGCCAGGGAGCAGCAAGGAUGUGCCUUGGCCUAGAGAUAGCCCAGGCUCCUCCCAGCAACCAGAAAGUCCUAGACUGACCAACCCUCUCUGGGAGGACAGAAGAGAAAUUGGCCAGGUUGAAGGUCACCAGGAUGUUCAGGUUGUCUGUCAAAAGACCGGCCUCCCCUCCAUCGUGGUGGAAGCCUCUGAGGCUGAAGCGAGUGAAGAGAGUGGGGAGCUCCGGUGGCCACACGAGGAGCUGCAGCUGCUCACUGAUGAUGAGGAAGAGGAGGUUGAGAUCUUCCAGGACCAAAGUGAAGAACCAGGCUGGACUUGGAGCUCACUGGACCCCAAAUCUCCCUUAAGAACCUUUAGCCCAGAACUCAGCUGGGGGCAGGAACAGGUAGAUCAAGAUGCCUACUGGAUUCCAGAGACAGAUUGUCAGGAAGCCCCCAAUCCCUGUCCUCUCUGGGACUCGGCAUCAGGUUCCCGUGUGUGCAGAAGCUGCUUUGUGGAAUAUUCCCAUUUCCUGCCUCCCAGGAGCUUUGAGGGAGCUGAAAAAGAAGCUGUUCAAGCGACGGCGGGUGUUGAACCGGGAGCGGCGACUGAAGCACCAGGUGGUCGGGGCUGUGAUAGACGAAGGGCUGAUCACGAGGCACCACCUCAAGAAGCGGGCGUCCAGUGCACGUGCCAACAUUACUCUGUCUGGGAAGAAGCGCAGAAAACUCCUCCAGCAGAUCCGGCUCGUCCAGAAAGAGAAAGCAGCCAUGGAAGUGGAAGCCCCCCUCAAGUCAGCCAGGACUAG